AUGGAUGAUUUGAAGAUAAACACCGAUAUUACUGGUGCUAAAGAAGAACUCCUAGGUGACAACAAUUUUAUCUCAGACAAAGAGAGUGGAGUUCAUAAACCAAGAGAUUGUCAGACAUUUCAGAAUAGUAGCACGUUCACUCUGCCUGAAGAAUUGUCGAAGGACAAAUCGGAAAAAGCCUUAAGUGGAGGCCAGUCUGCUCUAUUUAUACAUGCUGGUGCUCCUACUGUUUCUAGUGAAAACUUUAUCUUGCCUAAAGGAGCUGCUGUUAAUGGACCAGUUUCACACUCCUCCAUAACUAAGACUUCCAAUAUGAAUAAAGGCAGUGUUUCAUUAACCACUGGACAGCCUGUGGAUCAGCCAACAACAGAAUCUUGUUCAACUUCGAAGUUGGCAGCUGAUCUUCAGCUGUCUACACCACAGAAAGCAAGUCAACACCAAGUUUUGUUUUUGCUAUCAGAUGUACCACAUGCUAAGAAUUCAACCCAUUCCAUUAAAAAACUACCUACCUCUGCUUCAGUUGGUUGUGACAUUCAGAAUUCAGUAGGGAGUAGUAUAAAGUCAGAUAGCACUUUAAUAAACCAAGUAGAGGUGGGUGAGGAUAGUGAAGAUUUAUUGGUAAAAGAUGAUUGUGUCAAUACAUUAACAGGCAUUUCCUCAGGUACAGAAGAAUUUAGGUCAGAAAAUGAUACAAACUGGGACCCCCAAAAAGAGUUCAUUCAAUUUCUUAUGACUAAUGAAGAGACAGUGGAUAAAGCUCCAGUUCAUUCUAAAGUUGGUCUAGAAAAAAAGAGAAAGCGAAAAAUGGAUGUAAGCAAGAUAACGCGUUAUACUGAGGAUUGCUUUAGUGAUUCUAAUUGUAUACCCACUAAGUCAAAGAUGUUAGAAGUAGACUUUUUGGAACAGAAUGAAGGACUGCAAGCAAUAGACUCUCAGAAAUAUGCAUUAUCAAAAGUGAAGCCUGAAUCAGCUGAUGAAGACGUGGAAUCUGUGGAUGCUUUUCAACGUCUAAUUUAUAAUCCUGAUAAGUGUGGAGAAGACAGUUCAUCUGUUCAUACUAGCACUUUUCUUUCAAGUACCUUAAAAAAAAAAUGUGAAGAAAAUGAUUCCGAGUCACCUGCUACUUUCAGCACCGAAGAGCCAUCAUUCUACCCCUGUACAAAGUGCAAUGUGAAUUUUAGGGAGAAAAAACACCUCCACAGGCAUAUGAUGUAUCAUUUAGAUGGAAAUAGUCACUUUCGCCAUCUUAAUGUCCCAAGGCCAUAUGCUUGUAGGGAAUGUGGGCGGACAUUUCGAGAUCGGAACUCACUUCUGAAGCAUAUGAUUAUUCACCAAGAAAGAAGACAGAAGUUGAUGGAGGAAAUUCGUGAAUUAAAAGAGCUUCAGGAUGAAGGAAGAAGUGCACGAUUACAAUGCCCUCAGUGUGUAUUUGGUACCAAUUGCCCUAAAACAUUUGUGCAACAUGCUAAAACCCACGAAAAAGAUAAAAGGUACUACUGCUGUGAAGAAUGUAACUUCAUGGCAGUUACAGAAAAUGAACUGGAAUGCCAUCGAGGUAUUGCCCAUGGAGCAGUGGUAAAAUGCCCUAUUGUCAGUUCUGAUGUAGCCCAGAGAAAAACGCAAAAAAAGUCUUUCAUGAAAGACUCUGUUACAGGAUCAUCCAAAAAAUCAGCUGCCUACACGUGUAAGAUGUGUCCUUUUACUACUUCAGCCAGAAGUAUUUUGAAAAAACACAUGGAAUACUUGCAUUCAUCAUCAUGUGUUGAUUCAUUUGGUCGUGCUCUCGGACUUGGUAAAAGAAAAAGUAACAUCAUUGAAGAACCUGAAGACAAUGAGAGCACUAAACCAUUAAACAAGCAACAGUCAGCCACAUUUCCAAAGAACUCUGCUUUAAAACAAGAUGUAAAGCGAACAUAUGGAUCAUCACAAUCAAGUAAUUUUUCAAAAUUACAUAAGCGGCCACAUAGAAUACAAAAAGCUCGGAAAAGCAUCUCCCAGUCAGGUGUUGUAAAUGUGUGCAAUCAAAACAAUUCUCAUAAGACUAUAAUGAUUAAAAGCAGCAUUGACCAAAAACCUAAGUAUUUCCACCAAGCAGCAAAAGAAAAAGCUAAUGCCAAGGCAAAUAGCAACUAUUUAUAUAGACACAAAUAUGCAAACUACAGGAUGACCAAAAAAUCAGGUGAAUCAUAUCCGCUGCAUUUCAAAAAAGAAGAAGCUGGUUCAUUAAAUACUUUACAUCUGUUUUCAUCAUCAAGUAAUUCUCACAACAAUAGUUUUAUUUCAGACUCUCACAACUCUAACACCAAAAAGCCUGAAAGCUUCAAAGACCGCAGGCGUGUAUCUGCAAAGAGAGCAGUCAGGGAAUCUAAGAAGGGAAGUUCUGCUGGAGGGGAAGACUUAGAUAGCUAUCCAGAUUUCUUGCAUAAAAUGACUGUUGUUGUUUUGCAGAAACUUAAUUCUGCUGAAAAGAAAGAUAGCUAUGAAACAGAAGAUGAAAAUUCCUGGGAUAACGUUGAGUUAAGUGACUACACUACACGGGCUAUAGAAGAUGAAACUUAUAACGGUAUUAAUCAAGAACAUUUAUUUCCUCUAUUUAAAAGCAAAGUGGAAGGUCAAGAGCCUGGAGAAAAUGCUACACUUAGUUAUGAUCAAAAUGAUGGCUUUUAUUUUGAAUAUUAUGAAGACGCUGGAACUAAUAACUUUUUGCAUGACAUACACGAUUCUCAGCAUUUAGAAAAUGCAGAAACUUCAUUGUCAAAACAUGGUUCUGUUUUUCAUUGGAGUGAUUUGUCUCUUGAGAAGAAAUCAUGUCCUUACUGCCCAGCAACAUUUGAAACAGGUGUUGGAUUGUCUAAUCAUGUUCGGGGACAUCUUCAUAGAGCAGGAUUAAGCUAUGAAGCCCGUCAUGUUGUAUCACCAGAACAAAUAGCCACCAGUGACAAAAUGCAGCAUUUCAAACGAACUGGCACAGGGACACCUGUUAAGCGAGUUAGAAAAGCUAUAGAGAAGUCUGAAACCACUUCUGAACACACUUGUCAGCUCUGUGGAGGUUGGUUUGAUACUAAAAUUGGAUUAUCAAAUCAUGUUAGAGGCCACCUGAAGAGACUUGGAAAGACCAAAUGGGAUGCUCACAAAUCUCCAAUCUGUGUUCUGAAUGAGAUGAUGCAAAAUGAAGACAAAUAUGAAAAAAUCUUAAAGGCAUUGAACAGUCGUCGUAUUAUUCCCAGACCAUUUGUAGCUCAGAAACUUGUAUCAAGUGAUGAUGACUUUCUAUCUCAAAAUGUUAUACCUCUUGAAGCAUACCAUAAUGGCCUAAAGACUGAAGCUUUAUCAGUGUCUGCAUCAGAGGAAGAAGGGCUGAGUUUCUUAAAUGGAUAUGAUGAAAAAAAACCAGAACUGCCCAGUGGGAAAAGGAAUCAGUCUCUUACAUUGAUAGAACUGCUUAAAAAUAAAAGGAUGGGGGAAGAAAGGAGUUCUGCUGUCUUUCCUCAAAAGAUCCAUAAUCAAACUGCAAGAAAGAGAUUUGUUCAGAAAUGUGUUCUUCCAUUAAAUGAAGAUAGUUCGUUGAUGUAUCAUCCGCAAAAAAUAGACUUGACUAUGCACUCAGGCUUAGAUUGUAAGCAAAAGAAAUCAAGGUCAAGAUCUGGAAGCAAGAAGAAAAUGCUAACUUUACCUCAUGGUGCUGACGAGGUUUACAUUCUCAGAUGCAGGUUUUGUGGCCUAGUCUUUCGUGGACCGUUGUCUGUUCAGGAAGACUGGAUUAAGCACUUGCAACGACACAUUGUAAACGCUAACCUUCCCCGGACUGGAGCUGGCAUGGUGGAAGUCACGUCACUGUUUAAAAAGCCUGCUUCCAUUACAGAAACUUCAUUUUCUCUACUAAUGGCAGAAGCAGCUUCAUAG